GUUUUUCCAGCUCGACCAGAGACUUCCAUCCCAGACUGGCAGAGAGGAAGCGGGAUCAGGACCCGGAAACGAAGAGCGAAGUGUGUUGGAGCCCAGAGAGGAGACGGAUUCGGCAACAGGUACCAGAGAUCCGGGGUUCUGGGUCAAGGCAGGGUUCGGUGGGACGGGUUCGGAUCCACAGAGAGAGGGGUGAGGAUAUGGAUCCCCAAAAAGAGGUGGUGGACCGGCUACGGUCAGCCUUCCGGUCCGGAGUCACACUUCCAGUAGAGUUCCGGAGAUCCCAGCUGAAGCAGCUCAUGUCCAUGAUGAGAGACAACGAGGAGCAGAUUAUAGAUGCUCUGCACCAAGACCUGGCCAAGCCAAAGUUUGAGACCAUCCUGGCUGAGAUUGAAAUAAUAACCAACGAGCUGCAUCAUGCCAUCUCCAACAUCAGCAGCUGGAUGCAGCCGGAGUACGCAGCCACAAACCUGGCCACAAAGUUUGAUGAUUGUUCCAUUCGGAGGGAACCUUUAGGAGUAGUUCUGAUUAUUGGGCCGUGGAAUUACCCCCUACAGCUGCUGAUACUGCCCAUGGUCGGGGCCAUCGCUGCAGGAAACUGUGUGGUCAUCAAACCUUCAGAGGUCAGCCCGGCCACCGACAGUCUGGUUGCUGAGCUCAUCCCAAAGUACCUGUCCCAGGACUGUUAUGCAGUGAUUCGUGGUGGAGCAGAGGAGACCAAGGCCCUCCUGGAGAUCAGGUUUGACCACAUCUUCUACACAGGAUCUCAGGCUGUGGCCCGGACCGUGGUGCAGGCGGCCUCAGUCCACCUGACCCCAGUGACGUUGGAGCUGGGUGGGAAGUGUCCCUGCCUCAUAUACGGUCACGUGAACAUAGCCAUUGCUGCUCGCCGCCUGGUCUGGUCCAAGUUCUUUAAUGCCGGCCAGAGCUGCGUGGCCCCGGACUACGUGGUGUGCUCCACGGCUACCAGAGACGCCCUGCUGCCGUUAAUCCGCCAGGUUCUGGAGGACUUCUACAGCACCGAGCCACAGAAGAGUCCUGACCUGGCCCGCAUCGUGUCGCCCCGACACUGGACCCGACUGAUGGGACUGCUGGGAAAGACCAGAGGAAAGGUUGUAGUGGGAGGAGAGUCCAACCAGGAGGACAAGUACAUCGCUCCCACAGUAGUGGUGGACGUGGCUGAGGAUGAUGCCCUGAUGAAAGAGGAGAUCUUCGGCCCCCUCCUGCCCAUCCUCACCGCAGAGUCUGUUGAGAAAGGCAUCGAGCUGGUGAACAGAAAAGAAAAGCCUCUGGCUCUCUACGUGUUCUCUGAUGAAUCCUCGGUGGUGAAGACAGUGAUGGAGAAGACCAGCAGCGGAGGAUUCUGUGCCAACGAUGGAAUCAUCCACAUGACUCUUCCUAGUCUGCCAUUUGGAGGUGUCGGAGCCAGCGGUUGGGGCAGCUACCACGGGCGCUGGGGCUUCGAGGCGUUCAGCCACCGGAAGUCCUGCAUGCUGCGUGGGUGGGCUUUGGAGAGACUCAACGGCCUGCGAUAUCCACCCUACACUGAGAACAAGCUGACGUGGCUGCGCUGGACCACCUCUCCCAAUGCUAGCUGCUCAAUGAUGUGAAUCCAGGCGGGGAAUGUGUGUCAGUGUGUGUGUUUUACUGUUUUCCUCUGGUCUGAAAGUGACCUCUACAUCUGAGAAAGUUUACUGUUGUUUUCCUCAUCCAGCUGUAAGGUGUGAAGGUGUGUCCAUAAACCACGAGUGUGUCCAUAAACCACGAGUUUGUGAAGAAUAAACACUUUUAUA